AUGUCUUCAAACAACCCAGGUUCUUCUUCUAACACUAAACAAGCCGACAAUAAUACUGAAGAAAGUCAACUAUCUCAAGAGGAAAAUGCUCAACAGCAAAAAGUAUCCAUACCACAUCUCGGGGCUUUAGAAGAAGAUGACGAAUUCGAAGAAUUCGCAGCUGAAGAUUGGAAUGAAACAGAAGAAGAUCAAGAAACUCAUUUAUGGGAAGACAAUUGGGAUGACGAAGAUGUUGAAGAUGACUUUUCAAAACAAUUGAGAGCCGAAAUCACUAAAACUACAGCACCGCAACCUAUGAGAUUGUGA